CAAGUUGACGCCUUCGUCAAAUAUCUUUUGACAGUUCCAAACGCCCCGAAGGAAUUGAAGUCAACCGCCUUAGAGCCACCAACCCGAGGCGCGAAAUCGUAGUCCGGUGACGUUUGAUCUAUCUCAGGAACACCGGGACUAAAUUUUUUUUCAUCAAUUUGCCCCUCGAUCAUGUCAAAGCGCGUUUUCCGGGACUCCAUCUCUCUGUUAGAAAGAUUGCGAAGGAGCGAACUUCAAAGCUUCGUUGGGACUCGAGCUCUGCAACACAUAGAAUUUCGUCCAUCUCCUAGUUCCUGCACCCUUGGGAUUCGAACUGUGUCGCUACAGGUGGUCGCUCAGCGGAUGAAGUCUGUUGGCAACAUUCAAAAAAUUACAGCUGCCAUGAAAAUGGUAGCUGCAUCCCGUUUGAAAGGCGCUCAAACGAAAAUGGAGACAUCCCGUGGACUUGUGCAGCCUUUGUUUCGCUUACUCGGCGACAUUCCUGGCACUACCUCCGGCGAAACGAUGAUCAUCCCAGUUUCUUCGGAUAAGGGCCUGUGUGGUGGAAUUAACUCCACUGUCGUUAAAUUUUCCAAAGUUGUUGCGCACUCGUCAGAGGGAGAGACCUCGCUAACAGUCGUCGGGGAAAAGGCUCGAGGACAGCUUUCGAAAUCUUACUCCCAUCUCUUAAGAAAUGUGAUCUUAGAUGUGACGAAGAUCCCGUUAACUUUUGCGACUGCUUCGAUGGUCACAGACGUCAUUUUAGGGCAAGAUGCCCCGAAGAAUCAGAUAAUCUACAAUAGGUUUCAGUCGGUCAUAUCCUUCAAACCUACUGUGGCAACUGUGCUGUCUGUGGAGGAAUACGAAAAAGCUUCGGACAAAGGCUUCAACAAAUUUGACGAAUACGAGUUAGAGGGACCCGGGCGCUCCGAGCUGCUUCUUGACCUCGCGGAAUUCAAAAUGGGCGCUGUCCUGUACAAUGCAUUCCUUGAAAACAGCACCUCUGAACUUGGUUCAAGAAUGCAGUCGAUGGAAAACUCUACGAAGAACGCAAAAGACAUGCUCGGUAAGCUCACGCUGCUGUACAAUCGGACGCGGCAGGCAUCAAUCACGACAGAGCUGAUAGAGAUCAUAUCUGGUGCCUCGGCUCUUGAGGGCUAGAUUCGAGUGACGCUUUGAAAACUUUGUAGUUAUGUUUGUAUCUGUAACUCUCGUAUUAAAAAAUAACUGGUCCGUUUUU